CUCCCUCCAGGCCCCGCCCCGCGCCGGUGCGCAUGCGCACAGACGAACACGUGGCUGCCGCGGAGCCAGGGCAGCAAUGGCGGCGGGCGGCCGUGGUGUUGCAGACCCUCUGUCCCCGGCAGGGGUUCCUUGCGCCUUCUCCCCGCUGAACCAGGCCUACUUCGCUUUGGCGUCUGCCGACGGUCAGUUGCGAGUGUGGGAGACAGCCAACAAUAGGCUGCACCAAGAGUACGUGCCUUCCGCGCACCUCAGCGGUACCUGCACCUGCCUGGCCUGGGCGCCAGCGCGGCUGCAGGCCAAGGAAAGUCCCCAGAGGAAAAAAAGGAAAUCAGAAGCUAUAGGACCGAGUAACCAGAUUGACUUGUUGGCUCUUGGUACAGCAGUUGGUAGUAUUUUAUUAUACAGUACAGUAAAAGGAGAAUUACACAGUAAAUUGAUAAGUGGUGGACAUGACAACAAGGUCAAUUGCAUACAGUGGCAUCAAGACAAUGGCUGUUUAUAUAGUUGUUCAGAUGAUAAACACAUUGUGGAAUGGAAUACACAGACAUGCAAAGUAAAGUGCAAAUGGAAAGGUGACAACAGCAGCGUCAGUUCCCUGUGUAUUAGCCCAGAUGGAAAGAUGUUGCUUUCAGCUGGUCGAACAAUCAAACUAUGGGUUUUGGAGACCAAAGAAAUCUACAGACACUUCACAGGACAUGCAACGCCUGUUUCCUCACUCGUCUUCACUACUGUCAGACCUCCUAGUGAGAGCCAGCCCUUUGAUGGGGUCACAGGCCUUUAUUUCCUGUCAGGAGCAGUGCAUGACCGGCUACUUAACGUCUGGCAGGUCCGGUCAGAAAACAAAGAAAAGAAUGCAGUGAUGUCUUUUACAGUUACAGAUGAACCUGUCUAUAUUGACUUGACGUUGUCAGAAAAUAAAGAAGAGCCUGUCAAGUUAGCUGUUGUUUGCAAAGAUGGUCAAGUUCAUCUUUUUGAACACAUAUUAAAUGGAUACUGCAAAAAGCCUUUGACUUCAAAUUGCACAAUUCAGAUAGUGACACCUGGGAAAGGCAAGAAAUCAACACCAAAGCCCAUUCCUAUUCUAGCAGCUGGGUUUUGCUCAGACAAAAUGUCAUUGUUGCUUGUAUACGGCAAUUGGUUUCAGCCCACCAUUGAGCGAGUGGCUUUAAGUUCCAAAGAACCUCACAUGUGUUUAGUAAGAGACAUUUCAAACUGCUGGGCCCCCAAAGUAGAGACGGCUAUAACAAAGGUGAGAACACCAGUGAUGAAUUCUGAAGCAAAAGUUUUGGUGCCUGGGGUACCUGGUCAUCAUGCAGCUAUCAAACCUCCUCCUUCACAAACUGAGGAAGUAGAGAGCAAGAGGAAAUUAGGGGAAAAUGAGAUUAGCAUUGAAGAGCGCCUGGGAGCACUGGAUAUAGAUACAAAGAAAGAGAAGGAUGACCUUCCACAGACAAAUAGCUUUCCAGUUCUUCUCACACAAGGAUUAGAAAGUAAUGAUUUCGAAAUGUUAAAUAAAGUACUUCAGACUAGGAAUUUAAACCUAAUUAAGAGGACUGUAUUAAGGAUGCCCCUGCAUGCUGUUAUUCCAUUGUUGCAAGAGCUUACAAAAAGAUUGCAGGGACAUCCUAAUAGUGCUGUUUUAAUGGUUCAGUGGCUAAAAUGUGUGUUAACGGUCCAUGCAUCCUACCUAUCCACAUUGCCUGAUCUGGUACCCCAGCUGGGGACACUAUACCAGUUAAUGGAAAGCAGAGUAAAAACUUUUCAGAAACUCUCCCACCUUCAUGGAAAGCUUAUUCUUCUGAUUACUCAAGUCACAGCUUCAGAGAAAUCAAAGGGAAUGACUUGUCCUGAGCAAAAGGCAAAAUUGGUAUAUGAGGAAGAGUCUUCUGAAGAGGAGUCAGAUGAUGAAAUAGAGAAGGAUUCUGAUGAUAAUUGGGAUGAAGAUGAGGAAGAUAAAGAAAGUGAAAAAGAUGAGGAUGUUGAUGAAGAGGAGGAAGAGGAAGAGGAAGAUGCUGAAGAAAAAGACGAGGAAAAUGGUGAGGACAGAGAUGUGGCAAGUGAGAAGGAAUUAAAUGGAGAUUCUGAUUUAGAUCCUGAAAAUGAAAGUGAAGAAGAAUGAAGAUGGAAAAGAAGCCAAUGGAACUAUGUAAUCUCUGGCUCACCUUGCCCAGUGCUGCCGAGUUCUCCUGGGAGGGUUGUCUCUGGGACGGAUGCCAAGGACCGUUGCACAUUUCCAAGUUCCUCAUGGUGGUUCCCAUGCCAUCUUGCUGUCCUGAGCACCCCAGACUUAGCUGUGUAAAUAAGAGUGUUUCAUUCAAAUGUUAAUAAACUUUACACAGUAAAUAGACACAUUUUCUGCAAUGUACUGACAUGAGUGUCCAAUAUAUGGUAUAUUUUUAUAAUAUAAUAUCCUAGUAUGGUUGGUUAUACCAAGAAUUGACAGGAGUGAAGAUGAAGACCUUUCCCUUGUAGGGUUUCAAGAACUGGACUUUGUGAAGGAGUCAGCUCUUAUCUCAGGUCGGUAUCUCUCGUCAAAUCCAGAUAUGAAGCAGCACUAGUGAAAACAAUUUUUAAUUUGGUACAUUUUCAUAAAAUAUGAAGGGAUGACUAAAGAUUCGUAGUAAAAACGGUUGCGAUUUUAAAAAUUAAAUAUCAAUUUCCCUAGCUUGUCUGUGAAUGGUGGUGACCUGAUUUGAGUCAGGCUGAAUAUUUGGAGUGCUUCCCCUAAACAGCCAUUUAUUUUUUAAUCUGUCAUGUGGAAUAUUUUUUUAAAACACACAAAAAAUUAUGGUAAUUAAAAAAACUAAAGAAUUAGCCAUAUUAAGGAUUUUUCUUGACUGCAAGUUGCCUGUAAAGAAUCAUCAGUGUAUAGAUUUAGAAGUAUCCAUUACUUGCAACUUUUUAAAAAAUUCAGUUAUAGCUGCUUUUGAAGAGGUUUUCACUUUUAUUUAAAUUACUAAUGGAUCAAAGAACAAUUGUUUAUUUUUUUCUCUUUGGUUUUAGAUAUUAAUGAUAACCUUGUUGGAAUUUUUUUCCAAAGAAAAUAUUUUUAUAAUUCAGUAAUUUAAUGUUUUCCUUCCUUUUCAUUACCCACUCUUGGCAGUGUUAGGGUAUCUGUUUACCUUUAAAAUAAUAAAUCUGACUCAAGAUUUUUUUAUGUAUGUAUAAAUAAGUAUUUUGGUGUGCAACAAAAGCCUUUUCAAAUUAUCAGUACUUUUUUUUUUUUUUUUUUUUUUUUUUUUUUUUUUUUUAAUUUUAAAGAAUGAGCCAGUAUUUGUUUAGUGCUCUCUAGGGAACAUGCAGAUGGGAGCUCAACUCUAAGGGAGGGCUGGGGAGAUGGGUUUAUUUUUACCACCUGUGAAUAUGUAAAACACAAAACCAUGAUCUCUGAGGGACUUUUUAACACCAGUGGCAGGACAAGAGAUUUCUGUGCUCAACUAAUGGAGCCGGAGCCAUAUAGGCGUCUUGGGAAACAAGUUUGAGCCAGCUACUGGCGUAAUGUACAGUUAUAUUUGUCUAUAAAUGGAACUGUUUAUGGCAAUUUAAUACCAUUCUCUUUGUAAAGUGAAUAAAUAUUCAUCUUUA